UUUCUUCGUCUUCUCUUCCUUUCCCUCCACAUAUUUGUUUCUUCUCUCCCUCUCCCUCUUCCCUCUCCCCGAAAAUGGCAGAGAAAUUUCUACUUGUUUCGCAAUUCAUGGUGAUGUUCAUCAUAACCCGACUGCUCUUGACGGUCGGCAAGGCCAAGUUCCCGGCUCAUUCCCUACCCGACAAGCUCACUGAGAAGCUCCGCACCGACCCCGAGUCAAUAAGCGCGGCCUCGGUGGACUUUGGCAAUAUUGUCCGGGAAACACCAUUGGCCGUGCUCCACCCGUCGUGCCCCAAGGACAUCGCGGCCCUCGUGAGGUCCGCGUACCAUGGCGACGGUUCCUCCUUCGCCAUCGCAGCCAGAGGGCGGGGCCACUCGGUCCGGGGCCAAGCCAUGGCCCCGGGCGGGGUCGUGGUGGACAUGACAUCACUGGCAAGGCACCGUGGUGGCGGAGGAGGAUCCGCCAUUUCCGUGUCAUGGAGCAGGUCGCUCGGGUACUAUGCCGACGUUGGCGGCGGGCAGCUCUGGAGGGACGUGCUGGAGGAGACCCUGUGGCACGGGCUCUCGCCGGUCUCGUGGCCGGACUAUCUAUACCUAACCGUGGGAGGAACGCUCUCCAACGCUGGCAUAAGCGGCCAGACGUUCCGAUAUGGUCCUCAGAUCAGCAAUGUGUACGAAAUGGACGUCAUUACCGGAACUGGGGAGCUUACAACUUGUUCGCCCGACAAAAACCCGGAGCUGUUUUACUCUGUUCUCGGAGGUCUCGGCCAGUUCGGCAUAAUAACAAGAGCGAGAGUUGCCUUAGAUCGAGCUCCAACGAGAGUCAAAUGGGCGAGAAUGCUUUACAGUGAUUUCUCGGAUUUUACGAGAGACCAAGAAUAUUUGAUUUCAAAGAACGGAAGGUACCAAGACAAUGCAUUGGAUUAUGUGGAAGGGAUGCUUCUCAUGCCCCAAGGUCCUCCGGAUAGUUGGAGAUCUUCUUUCUUCCCUCUGUCGGACCACCCGCGAAUCAUAUCGCUGUUGAAACAACAUAAAAUCGUCUACUGCCUUGAAGUAGCGAAAUACUACGAUGAUCUCACCCAGAAUACAGUGAACAAGGAUCUGGAGAAAUUGUUCGAAGGAUUGAACCAUAUUCCUGAGUUCGAGUUCCAGAAAGAUGUAGCCUAUGUUGAUUUCCUCGACCGAGUACGAGAAGGAGAGCUGAAACUCACAGCGCAGGGCCUUUGGGACGUUCCUCAUCCAUGGUUGAACUUAUUCGUGCCCAAAUCUCGCAUUGCUGAUUUCAAUGACGGUGUUUUCAAGAAUAUCAUCCUCAAAAGGAACAUAACGACCGGACCUGUCCUCAUUUAUCCCAUGAAUCGAAACAAGUGGGACGAUCAGAUGUCCGCGGUGGUACCGGACGAAGAUGUUUUCUACACCGUAGGGUUUUUGCAUUCAAGCGGGUUCGAUGAUUGGCAACAAUUUUAUCUGCAAAAUAAGGAGUUGCUGAGUUUCUGUGAAGACACUGGCAUCGAGCUUAAACACUAUCUUCCGAGUUUUGGCAAUGAACAAGAAUGGAUGAGACAUUUCGGGUCGAAAUGGAGGAGGUUCCGUCAGAGAAAAGCCCGGUUCGAUCCGAAGAUGAUAUUUUCUCCUGGGCAGAAAAUAUUCAAUCGCAACCACAGCAUAUAGAUUCGUUCGUUGCUGCGGUUUGGGGUUUCAUAGGAUAGUUAUCUCUCGUUUCUCUUACCAUGUCAAUUCUUUUCGAAAUUGCACCAUCUCACCUUGUUUAAUGAGCCAGUUAGUCGUACUGUAAGAUGUAUCUGUCUCUGUACACAUUUAUUACGGACGCUAGU